UCUGUCAAGAAAAGAUUCAAAUUUUAUACCCAUUGAGCUAAAAGAUUACAUCUUUAUAUGUGUUUUGGGUUAAGUUUGCUGUUUUUCUUUCUGGGUUUUAGUUGUAUUGAUGGGUACUGCAAAUUGGUGAACAUUUUGUACCUUUUGAGGGGUUAUAUCUUUUAUAUUUGCUUUGGGUUAAUUUUGUUCUUGUUGAUUUUUUGUUUAUUUCUGGACUUGAUAGUACUUAUGUGUAUUGUAGAUUGGUGAAAUUUUAUUGUUUUUCUAACCCCAGUGGCUAAUUGAUUCAUUUAAAUGAAACUCUGUAACGUCAGUUUUGACUCAUUGUAUAGUUCAUUGCAUUGAUAAAAAUCUAACGAUUUUGAAAAUCAUAACAUUCUAUAUAACUACUAGAAUCAGGAUGACUUAUUCUUCUAGUUUUUCGUUGAAUUUGGGAUACCUUAAUGAACAAAAGAGAGUACUUUUAUUCCCUGUUUAAAUGGCCGUCAACUCUGAAUGCUAUUUGAAAAAGGGCCUUUUUUGAAUGUAGAUAGUUUUUGAAGGUUGCAUCCUUCCUUAAUACUAGUGUAUUUAGGAUUCUGAAUCCUGAUUAAAGCCUGCAAUUGCUUUUCUGGAUAAUCAAUGGGCACAGUUCUUCGUCUAGUUGCACUUCAAAUUAAUUCUUGAUGAAAUUUUGAGAGCCAUCCUUAUGUUCUCCUCCAUUAAGUAACUGAUUGCAACCACACUGAAUGUAGCAUCAGUUACUUGACUUGCGGCAUUCAUGAUUCAAUUUGCAGUGAUCUUUCUCUGAAAUGGUGAAAAUAAGGGGUAGACUUAGUGCUGGAAAAAAUGGUUUUAUUGGUAGCUAAGUCCGUCAUGAUGUGUUGAUGGUAGUGAGCAGUGGCGGAGCCAGGAUUCAUAUUAAGGGGUGUCAAAAAUGUAGAAAUGUCGUGACCUAGGUUUGAACCUGUGAUCUUAGAGACUUUUUGCAACCCCUUAACCGCUACGCUAAGCCUUCAACUUGUGUUAAGGGGUGUCAACACUAGUAUACAUACCUAUAAAAUUAAAAUUUCACAUAUGUACAAUGUAAUUUUCCGGCGAAGGGGUGUCGGUGUCGGUGUCGCUUGACACCCCUCAAGCCAAGGUGGCUCCGCCCCUGGUAGUGAGUUAUGUAAUUCAGCUGCAGGAUUAACAGGUCUUUGUGCACAGAAGUACGUGUGACACUACAUUCUGUUUAUUCUCAAAAAUACUUUUGUUUGCCAACCAAAAUAAAUGGAAGACAAUAGAUUGAGAUGCGUAUCGUUGCGUGUAUCUGACAAGUUUUGUUAGUAGAGACAAAUUCAAUGUGUAUUCUGUGAUGAGAGUUCUGAAGGAAAAGAGACAAGGGAGGAACACCUUGGUGGCAGGGAUCUUCCCUCUCGAACCAUAAGAUUGAAGGCUUGAGUCACCAAAAGUGCAAAGUGAAAAACGGCCACUGACGGGCUCCUCAAUAAGAAUCUUCUCCAAAGAUGGCUGCAUCUUCUUCUUCUUCUCGGUUGAUUCGUGUAGUGGGUCGUUCAUUGUUCAGUGGCCUGUGCAACAAUACUGAAGGUUUAAUGAGAUCAACACACGAGACGAUGUGCAAUAAUUUGUUAUUCCAGCAACAAAGAACCUUCAUACAAAUGAGGACAAGUCUGAAAGUGGUAGACAAUUCAGGUGCAAAAAGAGUGGCGUGCAUCCAAGCACUGAAGGGCAAGAAAGGAGCAAGAUUAGGAGACACAAUAGUCUGCUCAGUGAAGGAAGCUCAGCCAGGUGGGAAAGUGAAGAAAGGAGAAGUGCAUUAUGGUGUUGUCGUUCGUGCUGCUAUGCCAAGGGGCCGCUGUGAUGGGAGCGAAGUAAAGUUUGACGACAACGCUGUGGUACUUAUCAACAAGCAUGGUGAACCAAUCGGAACCAGAGUUUUUGGUCCUGUUCCUCAUGAGUUGAGAAAAAAGAAGCAUGUUAAGAUUCUUAGUCUUGCAGAGCAUAUUGCCUAAGGUCAUAGCCCCUUGCUUGUUAGGGUAUCUCUACCAGUGAUUAUUCUAUCGCUUGGAAGCUGAGUUUUGCAUUUAUUGUAUUUGUAGGAACCUGUUGUUGUUAACAAGCUGCAAAAGAUGCUUCUUUUAUAAUCAUAAUAAACGUUUUGACUUGUACAUAAAAA